AUGUUGAAUGGGGCUCAACGGUGUAUAAAUUCGGGCUCGUUUUCCCUCAAUUCUAUCAUCUAUUUUUUAUCAUCAUACAAACAACAAUUGAACUUAAUCAACAUCAUGAAAUUUUCCUCCAUCCUUGCUACUUUUGGGUUAUUAGCUAUGUCUCAAUCAAGUUUGGUUAAGCGCGGUGGAGAUGAUGAUGAUUACCACCCACAACCAGCACCAAUUACUCCUAUUGUUCCCUACCACUCAAAUCCUCACUAUCCUGAAAAAUUUACAUUGGGUGUCAAGGUUGACGGUCAAAUCUGGUUGACUUUCCAAGAGGCUGACGGUCAACUUGAAUCUGACCAUAUCAAAUAUAAUCCACCCUCUAAACCGCAUUGGGGUGACCAUCGUCAAACUUUCACUAUCCAACCAGUUACUGAAGAUGGCUCUGAACCUACUGAUCAUCCAGGUUGGAAGCGCGGAUACGAUGCUGGUGACGAUGGUGACGAUACUGGUGCCAGCCACUACCCAAGACCAUUGACUAUUCGCUAUCAGUCAUGGUUACCUGUAUUUACUUUGAAAAAUACUGUUUUGAAGGAUUCGAAUGGAAGAAUUGGUUCAAUUGUUGCUAAUCACCAAUUUCAAUUUGAUAAUCCUGUCCAACCUGACUCUUUGUACACCAGUGGGUUCUCAAUAGAGUAUGAAAAAGGUUAUCCUUUAUUGGCAUUGAAUGGAAAGACCACCUUUUGGGAUUCACAAGCUUCUUCUUCCGUUUGGAAAUUGUAUGACAAACCAAUUACAUACAAAUCAAGAAGCGUUGAGCUCGUUGUGAUCAGGGUGAUCUACUAA